CACCGGGUUUUCCUCCCUGGCUGUUGCUAUAGGUUGGUGUUAUUUCACCGGGUUUUCCUCCCUGGCUGUGGGAGGUCGAGCGGGAUACAGACAGUUGUGUGUGUGUGGGAACUGUAGUCGAACGACGUCCGGAGAGCAUAUGGUUGGAUUUACCUAAUGUUCAGGAAACCCCGCUUCUUUUGUCUACUCCUCCUCUACCUGCUCCUCCAGAAGUGACUAUUGGUACCGUCGAUUCCUCCCAGGGCUCCCUCCCCCUGCAACACGGUCUGCAGACAAACCUCCGUUGGUCCCCUACUCUCUACUCCCCCUGUCCCUGUCCCCUCUCGCCACGGUCCUCGCCCCCCCCCACCCAACCCCCCCCCAGCCCCCAUCCUAGGCAACAUGUCCAUCGCCCUGAAGCAGGUCUUCAACAAGGACAAGACCUUCCGCCCCAAGCGUAAGUUUGAGCCGGGGACGCAGCGUUUCGAGCUGCAUAAGAAGGCCCAGGUGUCGCUCAGCUCCGGGGUUGACCUGAGGGCGGCGGUCGCUCUGCCCCACGGGGAAGAUCUGAACGACUGGGUGGCCGUGCACGUGGUGGACUUCUUCAACAGGAUAAACCUCAUCUACGGGACGGUGUGCGAGUUCUGCACGGAGAAGAGUUGUCCGGUCAUGUCCGGAGGUCCUAGGUAUGAGUACCGAUGGCAGGACGAUCACAAGUAUAAGAAACCAACGGCUCUACCGGCUCCCAAAUACAUGAAUCUGUUGAUGGACUGGAUCGAGGUCCAGAUCAACAAUGAGGAUAUCUUCCCCACCAGUAUAGGUAUCCCCUUCCCCAAGAACUUCAUCCAGAUCUGUAAGAAGAUCAUCUGCCGUCUGUUCCGGGUGUUUGUUCACGUCUACAUCCACCAUUUUGACCGUAUGAUGCUGAUGGGAGCUGAGGCCCAUGUUAACACCUGCUACAAGCACUUCUACUACUUCAGCACAGAACUCAACCUCAUAGACCGCAAGGAGCUGGAGCCGCUGAAAGAGAUGACUUCUGGUAUGUGUCACUGAGGAGUAGCAGAACCACUGGAGCAGCUGAGGGACUGUCUGGGAUGGCAGGAGGUUACCAUGGAGAUACAGAGGGCUACACAGUUGACUCUGAAGCUGGAUGACAUCAUCAGUGUGAUUCAACUAGCUAGAUGUCAUCACUGUCAUCAGAUAUGGCUGGCUGGCUGGCUGACUGGAUGGAGGGAGGGAGGGAGGGAUGG